AUGGGCACCCUCAGCUGUGACCCUGCCCCACGGUCAACCUCCACGGCCCUGGGCCGGCGGGCCACUGAGUACCAGAUCCCCGAGACGGGCCUGCGGAAGUCCUGUGGAGUGGCUGCCCUGGAGACUGGCGCAGGGCCAGGCCUGUAUGUCCUUCCGUCCACCAUCGGCUACGUCCAGCACGACUGCACCAGAGUGGCCAGUCCUGCCUACUCCUUGGUCCGGAGACCCAGUGGGGCACUCCCUGAGGACACCAGCCCUGGGCCAAUCUACUUCCUGGACCCGAAAGUCACGCGUUUUGGCCGCAGCUGCUCCCCUGCUUAUUCCAUGCAGGGCCGGGGCAAACCUCGGGGUCUGGAGGUGACGCCAGGCCCAGGCGCCUACAGCCCGGAGAAGGUGCCCCCCGUGCGCCAGCGGACGCCACCGGCUUUCACGCUGGGCCCCCGCCUCUGCCCGCAGCCACUGGACACCUCGGCCCCUGCCCCCAAUGCCUACACCCUGCCCUCCCUCUGGGGCUCCCAGGUCUUCAUUAAGCCUAGCAGCCCCAGCUACACAGUGGUGGGCCGCACACCCCCCAUCCGCCCCUCACAGGACCCGGCGGAGAUACCAGGCCCGGGGCAGUAUGACAUCCCCGACCCCAAUGCCUACCAGCACCGCCGGCCAGCCUUCACCAUGCUGGGGCGGCCUCGCGCACCACGCCUGCCUGAUACAACGCCAGGCCCUGGCACCCACAGCCCAGAGCAGGUCACAGUGCACAAGGCCAGGGCCCCAGCCUUCACCAUGGGCAUCCGUCACUCCAAGCGGGCUGCCACCGUGGCUGGGAACACCACACCCUGACAGCCCACAGCUGCAGGGUGCUUGUUACUGCAUCCAGACAAGCCUUGGUUUCCCCUGCAGUAA